GAGGCCGCGCACGCCUGGCCGGCCUCGGAGGCCGCGGCCUCCGCCGCGUUCCUGCGGGUCCUCCGGCGGAGCUGCGGCGCCUGGAGCGCGCGGCCCACGUCGCCGUUGCAGGACGUCGCGGACGCUCUCUUGAAGGAGGUCGCGGGCCUCGAGCCAGGGCAGUUCGCGGUCUGGACCUUUCCGAAGGGGAACGUGGGCGCGGUCCAGGACACGUGGGAGGGCGCGGAGCCCGGCGUGGCGGUGGUCGUGCACCGGAGCGGCGAGGAGUUGCUCCUCUUUCCCCUGGACCUCAUGGUCCACAAGACGGCGGUCGUGAUGACGGAGUCCGUGGCGGCACCGCAGGGAGUCGACGAGAUGCUUUUCGGGAGGGAGUCCAUGUGUCGUUCGGUGCGCAGCAGCGUCCAGGAGGCAGCGCCAGCGCGGCGGCCAGCCGAUGGCGCACAGCAGCAGCAACAGAAUGUGCUCAUCAAGCACCGCAUGCACCUGCCGCACCAGCCGCUUCGCGUCGCGCUCGCAAACUUCACUCCGGCGGUGGCAGCACAGGCGGCGGCCAUGAUGUCGGACUUGGUUCGGGCGGACACGGUAACAAACUACGUGUACGAGUGGCUGCUGACGGUGCUUCGGGGCCGCGAGUACGAGGGGGCGAUGCGGCCCGACCUGUGGAAGUCUCUCGACGCCGGGGACCGGCAGGCGCAGCUGCCGGAGCUUCGGGGCGCGGACCCAGACUGGAUCGCGGUGAAGUUCAUCGUGCACUUCGCUGCUUCGAUCAUGCAAUUCUCCAGCGUCGUGGCCGCGGACUACAGCAUCGGCCCUAUCUACAAAAAGUUGAUCGCACUCUUCAUCCUCUGGCGCCUGCGGCGCGAGCACGCGGUGCUGCUCGACCUCAGGCAGCUGCCGGGGGACGCCUGCGUUCUCAGCACAUACAAGCAAGUGGACGUGCUCAUGGACCUGCUCCGGCGGAUGUCCCGGAAGGCGACAAAGCUCGUCGAGCGCUACCGCGACGACUCAUGGACAGUUCGCUGCCACGAGAUCUGCCAUGGGAUCAAGCUCGACAUUGAGGAGUCCCAGCAGCACGUGCUGAGGCACCUGCAGCACGUCUUCACGCUCCCUUGCGCACCGCCAGAGCCGCUGCCCGCAGCGCAGACCACGUUCAAAAUGGUCACAGCAUUCUUGGAUUUCGCGCAGAAUAGCGAGGCCAUGUCAAUCAAGGAGAUGUGUCAGGCUGAUGUGCGAGCGCCGACGUGCGCCUCCACUUUUCGUCACUUUCCGGUGCAGCAGGCUUUGCAGCAGCUCUCCCAAUGGAUGAAAGACGGGAAUCAGGAGUGCCUGGCUCCGCAGGACAGCGUUCGGCUCACCAGCGGCGUGGAGGAUUAUAUCUUCGAUCUGGUACUUGCGCGCGGGGUUCAAGGCUGGUUUUUCGACUCCGCGGAUGUCUUCGACAGGCUGCUCGACUGCUCGGCUGCCCACCUCGUCGAUCUUGCUCGGCUGCUCCAUGAGGUCGUGACCGAGUACUCUUGCGGUAAGUGCCAGCAGCGGUUGCACUUCCCCGAGCAGCACAGUCGCUCGGCUCUCCUCCUCUUCGCCUGCUCGGCGAUGCUGGAUGCCGUGACUCGCGCUGACCCCGACACUCGAGAGCUUAUGAGCCGAUACGCGCCUGCGCUCGAUGCGGAGCCGUUGCAGCACUUGCUGCUCCCAGACCGCCGGCUCAUGGAGGUGGCAGCUAGGCUCGUCACGUACUUUGCGGAGGUGCGGACAUCUGGCCCUCAGCUCUUCAACAUGGAUGGGGCGAAGCAGGAAUACACCCUACAGUUUGCGCUGGAGUACGCGAGCCAGCGAAAGCCGGAGUGGUGGCGGCGCAUGAGAGACGCGGCCCAAGCGAAGGACCGGGUUUACAAAAAAGAGGUCGCCAGAUGUGAGAGGGCGGAGUCCGAGUUGAGGGCAAAGCUUCACGACUUGAGCGUUCUACGGUCUGGCCAACCACUCUGCUCAGUUCGGUGGUGCAAUUCGUGCCAAUGGCAUGUCCUGGGUAGGGAAAUGUCGAACAUCGAAGACAAACUGCGUUCAGUAGAGAAGCAGCCGCCCACUCUGGUGCAUCCUCUUCCGUCCGACCCGAGCGGCGCACAGCAGGUGCUCUUCUUUAUGUA